GUUAAUUUAUAUAAUGGACUAGGGCACCUUUAAAGCACCAAAAGUAAAAUUGACUGAUUAUGAAAUCCUUUAAACUUUGGGAACAGGGUCCUUUGGAAGAGUGAGAUUAGCAAAACAUAAAUAGAAUGGUGAAUAUGUAGCUCUAAAAAUGCUUAAAAAAGCUGAAAUUUUAAGACUUAAGUAAGUAGAUCACAUAAUAUCAGAGAAUACUAUUCUUUCUAAUAUUACUCAUCCAUUUUUAGUAUGAUUUCAUUAUAAAUUAGAUAAAAAUGCUUGGAUUUACACAAGAUGAAAGAUAUCUCUAUUUUCUUUUAGAAUAUGUAUAAGGAGGAGAGUUAUUUACUUAUCUUAGAAAUAAGGGCAAACUUGAAAAUGAAGAAGCUUAGUAUAUAUUCAAUUAAAUUAGAUUUUACGCAUCUUAAGUUGUUUUGAUGUUUGAAUAUCUCCAUACAAAAAAUAUUGUUUAUAGAGAUCUUAAACCUGAAAAUCUUCUAAUUGGUGCAGAUGGUUAUCUCAAAUUAACUGAUUUUGGAUUUGCUAAAUUUAUUGAUUCUAGAACUUAUACUUUGUGUGGAACACCAGAAUACUUAGCUCCUGAAAUCCUACUUAAUAAAGGUAUACAUUUAUAUAUAUAUAUUUAAAAAGGACAUGGGAAACCAGUUGAUUGGUGGUGUUUAGGCAUUUUAAUAUAUGAGAUGUUAGCUGGAAUUGAUCCAUUUAACGAUGAAGAUCCUAUGGCAAUAUAUUAAAAAAUAUUAAAAGGAAAAGUCAAAUUCCCAAGAAACUUUGAUAAGUAUAUAUUUAUUCAAUCCUUUAGAGAAGCAAAAAGCUUAGUCAAACAUUUAUUAGUAGCAGAUUUGACAAAAAGAUAUGGAAAUUUAAAAGGAGGAGCAAAUGACAUAAAAACUCACAGAUGGUUUUAAAGCUUAGAUUGGGAAUUUUUAAUAUUAAAAAAAUUGCAGCCAAAAUAUAAACCAGUUGUAAAGUACAUAUAUUAUCUUAUAUUUUACAAGAAAUAAGGGUGAUACUUCAAAUUAUUCAACUUAUCCUGAUAGUACAGAAUUACCUAAACCAGUAAAACCAACUGAUGAUCCAUUUAUUAAUUGGUGA